CACUCCACGCGCUGCUGAAAGACGACGAGCAAGAUGGCGGUGGUCGUGCGAAGUUUGCAGGACCAGCUGGAAAAAGCCAAGGAAAGCUUGAAAAGCGUGGAUGAGAACAUCCGAAAACUAACAGGCAGAGAUCCUGGUGAAUUAAGACCGGGUCAAAACAGAAGGCAGACCAUCACAGGCCCUGGUGGAGGUAGAGGGCGUGGAAUCAACAUAUUGAGGCGUGGUCUCUCAGAUAGCGGCGUAGGACCCCCAGCCAAACAGAGAGACAUUGAAGGGGCACUCUUGAGGCUGGCAGGGGAUCAGCGAGCCAGGAGAGAGUCACGCCAUGACAGCGACGCUGAGGAAGAUGACGAUGUCAAAAAACCAGCGUUGCAGUCAUCUGUGGUAGCUACCUCCAAAGAACGUACGCGCCGAGAUCUUAUUCAGGAUCAGACCAUGGACGAGAAGGGAAAACAAAGAAAUCGGCGCAUGUUUGGUCUGUUGAUGGGAACCUUACAGAAGUUUAAACAGGAGUCAACGGUGUCUACAGACAGGAUAAAAAGACGGCAUGAAAUUGAGCAGAAAUUGGAAGUGCAGGCAGAGCAGGAACGUAAAAAAGUUGAGUGUGAAAGGCGAGAGCUUUUUGAUGAAAGGCGUGCCAAACAAACCGAGCUACGACUUUUGGAGCAUAAAGUGGAGCUCGCUCAACUGCAAGAGGAGUGGAAUGCACACAAUUCUAAGCUCAUCAAGUUCAUUCGCACGAAGACCAAGCCCCCUAUCUUUUACCUGCCUGGGAAAAUGUGUUCAGCCACUCAAAAGCUCAUGGAGGAGUCGCAGAAAAAAUUAAAUGGUACGUUUAAUGAGAGACGUGAAGCCUUUGCAGAACAACUGAACAAAAUGGAAGCUCGGCCAAGGCGUCAGUCCCAGAGGGCAGGGGACAGAGAAAUGGAGGACAGCCGUCGGGCUGAAGAGACGAAGAACGAAGAUCAAAAGGAGGGUAAGGCUGGAAUGGGGCCGUUAGGUGACAGACAUGUUGUGGAGAUGGAGGAGGAGGAUGAUGUAGUUGUAGAGGGAGUAGAUGAAAGCUCAGAGGUGAGGGAGAGUGGGGUAGAUCAAGAGCAAGAGCUGGGGGAGGAGAAAGAGAAACAAGAGGUAAGGGAAAGGAAGGCAGAGGAGGAAGAUGAGGAGGAGGAUGAGGAAGAUGUGGUAGCAGGUGAGCGCAGGGAAGAGGAAGAACAAAUGGAGAUCCAAGAAGUUUCCAGGGAGGUUGAAGAACGGGGUAAGUUGCAGGUUGAGAGUCCACAAGCUACAGUAGAAGAGGUAGGUAGUGACCAGAGGGAGGAACAGCAGGAGAUAAAGGAGUUGUCUCGGGAGGAAAUCACAGCAGACUCGCAGAAAUCCCCUGAAAGUCACAUGGAAACACUUGCCAUGGAGUCUAAAGAGCCUCCGCUGGAGAUCUCAGCCCCUGAUAAAGUAGUACCUGAUGCCAAACGGGAAGACCCUGCUCUUGAAUCCCAACAGUCACACCCUGAACCUGAUCCAGGAGUACCUUCCCAAGAGCAGACUGAAAAGCCAUCAGUCCUGCCAGAAGCACCCAAGGCAGACACAAAGGAGGGUAGCGGAGAGGUAGAUAACACUCGGAGUCGUACCAAAGUUAAAGCCAAGAGGAGCAAGAGUGGAAGCAGCAGUAGCUCCUCUUCCAGUUCAUCUUCAAGCUCCUCUACCAGUGGAUCCAGUUCUUCCAGUGGCUCCAGCAGCAGCUCCUCAUCCAGUUCACGCUCUCGAAGUCACGGCAGGGAUCGAGAUGUUCGAGACCGCAAAAGCCACCGGAGGCCAUCAGACAGGGAGCGUAGGAAAAGCGGGAGUGAGAGGGCACACAAGUCCUCCAAAAGCACCGGCCACGAGAGCAAAAGUUCAAAAGACAAAGGCUCUAAACCCGACAGAAAGAGGACGAGUCCAGAGGUGAGCAGGUCAGGGAGACGCCCCUCCCGGAGUGAGAGAGAUCGCAAGACGGAUAGAAAAGAGCGACGUUGAUAAAAAUUCUCUUCCUUUAAGGCCAUGUUUGUCAGAAUUGUGUGGUCACUAUAGGGUUUUGAGGAGCGGUUGCCUUAGUUUUUCUUGUGUGACUUUUAGAUUCAAAAUCUUCAUCAUCUGAUUAUUUUUUGUUUUAUCUGGCAACUGCUUGGUGGACUUCAGCGUAUGUUGGAAUUUUUAACAUUUCUAAAGUCUGCUUUUAGGAACUGUCACCCAAAUAUAUUGGAUUCAUACAGCAUCAGAUUGAUGAGAUUUUUUUUUUAGACUUUUCUUGAAAUAUGUUUCUUGUGUUGAUAACUAAUCUGUUUGGCCAUGUUAAUUCCUGUCGUAUAGUACUUUGUAGUAAUGUGAUGCCAUAAAGAUGUGAUUUCUAACCUUCAUUAAAUGAGGAGUUUCUGACGGUAUCAUCCAGUGAAGGUUUUUUCUUUUGGCGCUAAAUUGUCUUUUGUAGCUAUGAUUCAACUUAUCAAACAUUAAAGGCAACUAACUCAGUACUUUGACUCGAAA